AUGUCUGACCAAACGAAUACUCCUUCUGGUAUUACUGUCUUGCGUAAAAAGUUACAGGGCUAUGUUGGUUUUGCCAAUCUUCCUAAUCAAGUGCACCGCAAGUCAGUAAAGAAAGGCUUUCAAUUCACUUGUAUGGUAGUAGGUGAAUCUGGCCUUGGUAAAUCAACUCUUGUAAACACAUUAUUCAAUACACAAUUAUAUCCACCAAAAGAAACAGUUGAAUUAACUCAUGAGACAACUCAAACAGUUGAAGUCAAGUCAAUCACAUCAGACAUUGAAGAAAAUGGUGUCAAGUUAAGAUUGACUGUGGUUGAUACACCUGGUUUUGGUGAUUUUGUGAAUAACGAAGAAAGUUGGAAGCCUAUUUUGGACAAUAUCGAGGCUCGCUUCGAUGCUUACCUCGAGCAAGAGAAUCGUGUGAACCGUCGUCGUAUGGUCGAUAACCGUAUUCAUGCCUGUAUCUAUUUCAUUGCACCUACAGGUCAUGCUUUGAAGCCUCUUGAUAUCGAAUUCAUGCGCCGUCUUCAUACUCGUGUCAACUUGAUCCCUGUUAUUGCCAAAGCAGAUACUUUGACAGAGGAAGAAGUUGCUGCCUUCAAGGAACGUAUCUUGGCAGAUAUUGCUUAUCACAAUAUUCAAAUCUAUCAAGCCCCUGUUUAUGAGUAUGACGAUCAAGAGACUAUUGCUGAAAAUAAAGAAAUCAUGAGCAAAAUUCCAUUCGCUGUCGUCGGUUCAGACAAGGAAUUCGAUAUCGAAGGUGGUCGCCGUGUACGUGGUCGUAAAUACCCUUGGGGUGUUAUCGAAGUUGAUAAUGAAGAACACUGUGACUUUGUUAAGCUUCGUCAGAUGCUUAUUCGUACUCACAUGGAAGAGCUCAAGGAGUAUACCAACGAUGUUCUCUAUGAAAAUUACCGUACCGAGAAAUUAACAGCCAUGGGUAUCCAACAAGAUCCUUCUGUGUUCAAGGAAGUCAACCCUGUUCAAAAGAUGGAAGAAGAACGACUUGCUCAUGAGCAGAAAUUAGCCAAGAUGGAAGCAGAAAUGAGAUCUGUCUUCCAGGCUAAGGUACAAGAAAAGGAAGCCAAAUUGAAGCAGUCAGAAGAAGAGUUGUAUGCUCGUCAUAAGGAGAUGAAGGAUGCACUUGAGAAGCAACGUGCUGAUUUGGAAGAAAAGAAGCGUCGCUUGGAAUCAGGCAGACCCUUGACUCCAGAGAAGACAGCUAAAAAGAAGGGAUUUUCUUUCAACAAAUAA